AUGGAGGCCGCGGAAGGACCCCGCGACGGGGAAGAGGUGGAGGUGGAGGUGGGUGGCAGGAAUGGGCUCUCCCCCCACCCCGCGGGGUUUGCUCCGCGCCUCACCUCGCGACUAGGCUGCCGGCUGCUCCCGCUGCGGAGUCUGAGCAGGGAAAGCGGCCUGCCAGUGGUUCAGCCUGGGCCUUUCUUUGUAGGGCCGAGAGCCGUGGAAGCAGCGUCCCGGGUUCGUUGGGAGUCCCGGGCUGACGCCUACGGAUGGGUCAUGGGGAUUGCGCUUCCUCAAGGCAACCUGAUACACACGCAUGUUCACAUGGAAAUAAGUUCUGCUGAGCUCGGUCGGACUCGAUUCCUGGCAUUAGUCUCGUCAUCGCCAGCAUUUAAUGCCAUGACUCACCUCUCCAUACGUUGCGAAGUGAAACUAGAGCAGGCAUCCCCAACCUGCGGCCCUCCAGAUGUUUUAGCCUACAACUCCCAUGAUCCCUAGCUAACAGGACCAGUGGUCAUGGAUGAUGGGAAUUGUAGUCCAAAAAAUCUGGAGGGCCGAAAGUUGGGGAUGCCUGAACUACAGCGUCUUGGAGCACCAUUCUCUGUAGUGAAAUAGCUGCAACACUUGGAUCUCCUAAUAUUCAAAAGCCUUCUGCCUCCACUGGUCCAUAUCCAGGAUCACUAAAAUGAUUACUUCACAGUAUAAAGGAAUACAUGUAUACCUUAUACAUGCUGUCAGGUUAUAUUGGUCCAUCUGCAGAGCGCCAGCCGCUGCUGAACUACAACUCCCAUUAUCCAUCCCAAUGGCAAUGGUGCCUGGGGUUGAUGGGAGUUGGAGUCUGGAAGGUCACAUGCUGCCGUCCUAAUCCAGCAGAAUACAGUUUGUCUACCUCCCUGAAGUCCAUGUUCCCCUCCAUCUCAGACAGGAAUAUUUCCCGGCUCUGUAACUUUUGAGAUGCGGCUUUGAACUUGGCCCUUCUACGGGCAAAGCAUGUGUUGUACACCUGGAAUAUAGCCCCAAAGGAAAGGCGAAAAACAUGCCCUUUUAUUAUUUUGAUAAUAAACAUUAAUGAAUUUCAACAGGCAUUUUACUGCUGGAUAUUGUGUUGAACAUGGCCCUGUUCCGCAGGAGUUACUCUGGGCCAGCAGUGACAGUAACUACAGCUGCAUCUUCCAUCAGUAGCUUUCAUGCUGUCUCCCUCAGGAUGGUUGAAACAUUGUAUGUACCGUAUUUUUUGCACCAUAACACUCACUUUUUUCCUCCUAGAAAGUAAGGGGAAAUGUCUGUGCGUGUUAUGGAGGGAAUGCCUAUGGGUGGCAUGCCUACGGAUUUUCCUCCUCUAAAAACUACGUGCGUGUUAUGGUUGGGUGCGUGUUAUAGAGUGAAAAAUACGGUAAAUGGUUAAGGAGUAGAGUGUACCUACUUUCCAACUGUAUAUAGCUCCUGCAUACUCCCCUACUUGGUGGUGGAACAAAAUGUGGGAGUGCUAGUACUUUUUAUGUCAGCCUAUGAAAAAAGCAGAAAGAGGCAGCAUUAGUUUGCCCUGGGUUGAAAUGGCAGUGCAGAAUGUACAAUAGUGAAGUCCUUUACUGCUGGAAUUAAGUGGGAGUAAACUGCUGGUGUUUGAAAAUAUAAAUGUGAAUGCAUCUUAUGUUUCCUUUACUAUAACUCAGAAGAGCAGAAUUGUUUUUGUCUACCUCUUGCAUAUGUUGGUGCAUAUUUAUUAGUAACAGUUCUAGUGGGCACUACUUAGGAAUACAGAAUUAGAAGUUGAUACUUACUCUAAACUGAUUUGUUAUGAUUUUGUUUCCAUGUCCUAAGUUGGUGAGAGCAGUGAAACAUUUUGAAAAGCCAUUAAGUAAAGGCAACAGAUUUAUUUAUUUUUUAAUGAAACAAAUAUAAGACUUGAAAUAGUCAACUGCAGCUGCAAAUUGGCACUGGAGAAAGAUGCACAUCACUUUCAUUGCAUUAGAGCAAAACUAACUAAUGUGAGAUAUCCAGCCUACUGAAACUUGGAGGGGAGAAGAAGGUGUGGAUGUCUUGCUCUCCCAUAGCAUCACAAACUUGGUUGAAAAUAUAAAUGCAUGCAAUUUCAACAUAGAGGUUGGUGGUUGGGUGGAUGUGUUUGUAUAUGUGCUCCUGGAAAGUGGUUGUAUAGCAGUAAUAUAUUUGCAGAUGGGCUCCAUCUGCUGGACUGAAAGGGAGAUUGAGUUUAUGAAUACAUUGUUUUAAAUAUAUUUUAAAAACUUUCUGCCCCCAGGAACAAUUGGUCAUGGUGGAACUGUCAGGAAUAAUUGAUUCAGACUUUCUGGAAAAAUGUGAUAACAAAUGCAAGAUUUUGGUGAGUGUGAUUAAUACAAAUUUCCAUCUUUGCAGUUUUUGUUAAGAACAACAAACCUCUAUUCAGAACCUACAAAAAUCAAUAUAGGUGUUUUGCUUACUAUAGUCUGGUUUGCGGUUGUUGUGGGGGGAAGUACUGUCAUGUAUGAAGAAUGUGCAUGUCUUCGUUUUUUUGUGUGCACACAAAGUGGGAAGUUCUGAUCAGCUUAGGGUACAUAAACACUGUCAAAAUAGAGACUGCGUGCUCUUUGUGAAUGACAAUGAUAUCUGUAACCUUUCAUAAGUGUUACAGACUUCAGCAAUUUAGGCUGUGCUUUGAGUCAAAAUUGCUUGGGAGGUAUUUGCAUUUAAUGAUCUUUUUGUUAAAUGCAGCUGUGUCUCUUCUUUUUCUUAUUUGCAGGGAAUAGACACAGAGAGGCCCAUUUUGCAAGUAGACAGAUAUGUUUUUGCUGGAGAAUAUGAAGGUAAGAAAAUGUUUUAUGAAUACUAUACUUCUUUUCAUAAGCCAGGAUCCAAUGCACAAUAAAACUAGUCAUGUGAGCCAAGGCAGAAUUAUUUUUUAUUAGUAGUAUACCUUUGCUGUUUUUCCACACAGAGAAAAAGCAAAUACAUUUAGGCUGAUAUCCAAUUCAAGUGUCCUGCUUGCACAAUGGACUUCAACUUGCACAAAUGGAAAUUAUCCUUCCUCCUGCAGCCCCUCCCCCCACGCACCCAAAAUCUGCUUAGGGUUGGGGACGCUACGAAGCAGGGGAGGGGCACAGCGGGGAGAUGAGGUAGGGGAAGUCCUGUUGCAUCUGCUGGCAUAGUGUUGGAUCUCACCCAUAAAUUCUCAAAUAACAUCACAGUAAAAACACCUAAAUACAAACAUAGGAGAUGUUAACAUUAACUAAAAGCAGACAACAAUUUUCACAUACAAGUUUUAGCUACCAUAUCUGUUUGCAAAUUGCUUUUGAAAUUGAGGGGAGUUCUGAGAAGUUUGUAAUAUGGCAUUGGUGUAAACUGGUUAAAUAAGAAAAAAGGAAGCAAACAAACAAAAGUCCCUUGUAUGAACUAAUCAGCUCUUCUGGCCCUAACUUUACAUACACUUAUCUUCUAAAUCUAUUGCUUAACGAAAGUAGAUACCGCUCUUUUGAGUGUUAUUCUUUUAAAAAGUAACCUGCACUUUCCUUAACAAAAUGUUCAUUUUCAUUCCCAGAUACUCUUGGUACCUGUUUGGUGUUUGAAGAAAAUGAAGAUCAUGGUAAGGAAUACUUUUGUUCUAAGCUUUUCAAAAGCUCAAGAGAACUUUAGGCAGGGGGAACAUUGCAAAGAGUAAAGUUACCACUUAAAAAUAAUCUGUAAUUUUUCCUUAUACUAGAUGCAGAAGGCAACCAAAAAAUACAGCUAAAAUAUAAAUGCCACACAAUGAAGAAGCUGAACAUGACACGGACACUCCUGACUGAGAAGAAGGAAGGAGAAGAGAACAUAGGUGGUUCUGAGAAAAUUGCUGUUGCUUUCUAUAGUUCCCCUUCUAGAAAUCCCAUUUUGCAUGCUCACCAGAUUUCUACAUGUCAUGCAUUGCUUCACCACCCUCCUUUGCCCAGUUCCUGUAUAUACAGAUUGCUUCACUUCUUUCUAACCUCCCUCGUUCAUAAACAUACCCUCUCUUGGCACCACUUCUACUCCACUUGGAAGUAACUGAGCCUACAAGGAGUUGUGGUUCUGGUCCUUUGUUUUAGUGAUUCCAGUUAAAUCCUGGCCCUGACUUGGUAACAUACCAGGGCUGUUUAUAAAUUUGCUAUCAAUAAUAUGUACAAAACUCUUUAUGUCCCCAUCUCCCUCAAUUGGUAUUCUUAUGGCAUAUAUGAAUGUAUUCCUUAACUACUGCUACAUGAUUAACCCUAAAACUUCCUAUUGAUGGUGAUUAUAUAAAACCAUUAGCAUAGAUUGUGCUUUAUAGAAUGACAUUCACUCUUUUCCUCUGAAGAAGUUACCAUCUAAAUCAAGGCACUGACAAAGAAAGGGGAAGGGACCAAAGGAAAAGGAGAGACAAAGAAUAAAUGUGACUAGUGAAUUUAAUACUACUGUAGUUUAAAAAGUUUUAAAAUCCUGUCCCCAACUCAUCUUCUUCCUGAUUUCUCUCUCUUUCUCUGACAGGUGGUGGUGUGGAAUGGCUAGAGCUUAAGGACAAAGAUUUCUCAUACAGCAGACCUAACAUGAUUUGCAACUUCUUAUACGAGAAAGAAGAAGACGCAGCUGAGUCCCAAGACAAAAUGGCAGAAGAAUCUGAAGGAGAAGCCAGUGACAGAGGAAGUAUUGAUCAGGCCUUUGAACCUGAGAUGCAUCCACACAUUGAAAGGGAUGGUGGUGCCCCUCCUAUGGAUGCCACCUCCUCCAAGGCAGUGGACUCUUCUUCAGAGGACAGUCAGGUUAUUAUUGCAGAUAAUUCUCCACAUUGCUCUAAAGACUGUAGUUGA